AUGGACACCAUGGCCUCAACGCGCCCCGCGCUUCGGCGGGCAGUGUCGAAUCCCGACGGCCCUUACACCACACCCCGAAACCUGUUCUUAGCUUCAACCGCCGCCCUGCAGCGCCUGCACUUUGCCUUCCCAUCUUCGCCCACCGUCGUUGGAAGCCCUCUCGCCCCUUCCCCCGACGCCAUCCCUUUCUGUCACCCAUUCCAGACCUCCGCGACCCCCAACGGACCCGGCGGCUACGAAGAAGGCGUCAUCACGGCCCUCGCGGAGCACAUCGAGGACCUCGAGACGCUCUUGUUCGAAGCCAUCGAGCUCAACGCGUACAUCCCCACCGUCGAGGACGCGCUCGCUGCCGAACGCGGCGCGCGGCGCGCUCUCAUGGAGGCCCAGAGCUCCCUUCGAGAGGAGGUCGUACGCCUACGAGCAAAGGUCAGCGACGACUCGUCCCGCGCGGAUGAGCUGCGUGUCGUGCUGUCUCUGGCUUCUGCUCACCCAUGCUCGGGGGCGGGGCCCGACGUACGGACGGAGGACGACUACCUGGCGCAGGUGCGGUGCACGCUCACAGCGCGUGCGGACGUGCGCGCGUGGCAGAGGCGGGCGGCGUUCUGGAGGCGGUUGGCUCUCGCGACUGGGGCCAACGCAGGCGUCGUGACACCUUCGGCCUCUGCGCUAGAGGACGAGACUUUGGUCGCGCGCGCGUCCCUAGACGAGAGGCAUGCGGACGGCGAUGAGUCGGUUUCCUCGGGACAAGUUGCCCACUCCGACGGAUCGAUCGAUUUCGACAGUGCUCUCCCGACUCUGACACUGCAGUCGAGCUUGGAAGAAUCGGUCAGCGACCCUGAAGAAUGUGUCCGCCUCAGCUUCGCCCUCCCGUCACCGUCGCUGCCCGACACCUCCCUCCCCGCGGCGUCUUCUUCGAUGGUCCUCCCGGCGCUCUGCGACUCUCCCCGCUCGCCCACCCUGCGCUUCUUCGCCGACCCUCCCCCCAGUCCGUGGGACUCCCCUGUCGCCUCUCCCUCUGCUCCCAUCUCUGCGUCGCCGUCGGCCUCCUCUCAAGCCUCCGUCAAGUCACGCCGCCGCCGCGCGCAGGUGCUACCGCCUUUCCGCUCCGACUUCGACUCCUCGGCGUCCGGCUGGGACAGCCCCACCCCCAGCCCACUGGCGGAGUCGUUCUCUGCCGCCUGCGCGAGCGCGCUCCGCCGCUCCCCCUUAAGCGCGAGCGUCUCGUACGAGGACUCGGACGCAGACCCGCGGCGUCCCCCUCCCUACCCGGACCUCCCCCUCGUGCUCGCCCCCGACGAGCACGCCGCCCGCUCCGCGCUCCCCACCACGCUCGUCGCCGACGACGCCGACCUCGUCGUCGUCCUCCACACCGACUUCUCCGAGACGUCCUACGCGCCGACGCCCGAGCUCCCCUCCAGCUCGCGCUCGCUCUCGCCCCUCCGCGCCGCCGAGCCGGAGAAGAACGCGCGCCUGCGCGCCGGCCUCCGCGCGAUCAAGCGCCUCUCGACGUCGCUCGCGCGCCCCGCGCCCGCCGACGCGUCGUCCAUCGGGUACGGGCGCGACCGCAGUGCGAGCGUGGCGGGGCCGCCUGGGCUCGCCGCGGACGCGCCGCCGCCGUGGGCGGGCGCGGGGCUGAGCAGGACGAUGCCGCACGCGGGCGCGGAGCAGCGGGUGCGGGCGGGGCUGGGGCUGAACAUGUGGGACGAGAACGAGGGCUUGGGCGCGGGGCCGGGGGCGGGGAAGGGGCAGAAGGCGGGGAAGCUGCAGCUGUUCAGGAAGGUGUCUGGGUGA